AUCACUGCUAUCUUGUUCCUGUAGUCGUUGGCUCGUCUCCUUUUGUUUUGAUUGAACUAAAAACAUGAAAUAGUUGUUUAAUUCUAAAAGUAGGCUAAUAAACAAGGUGAGGUGUGUUUGCCUGCCGUUAGUCUUUUGAGGACCUGAAGUAGGUGUGUAUAGAUAUAGGCCUACUUCCCGUAUACAGGUGUGGCAACGUGUACCUGGGUGUUGUCAUCUUACUUUGUUGGGAUUACAUAGGUGUUAUUAUACUGUACAAGGAAACGCAUAUAGCAGGACUACAAUUUUUCAUGGUCGAGAAACGACUUUGUCUGACCAGUCACUUAGGUGGGGAGGACGAAGACUGUUACAUUAAAGGUGUUUCCAAAAGACUCACUCAUGCUGGCCCCAUACCAAAGUAAUACAAAAGCUUUUCUGUGGUCCAGCAACCACCGUACUGUCAACGAAACUUCAGACAACAGUGAUUCAGACACAUGGAUGCUGGCGACCCCGCUUCCACUGAUGGACCCCUGUCCUGCCUCUGAAGGAAUGAAAUCCGACAGCGCCAGUUCUAGCCUUGAACCAGAGAUAACCUCGGACCAUGAGGAGUCCCAGAUGCAGCUGGACUUGUUCCGCAAACUGGGUUUUUCCGCAUCGCAGGUGCACGCGGCGCGCCUUAAACUGGGACUCAACUCGGACACGAACACCGUCCUGGGUGAGCUCGUGCUGGCGGGCGUAGAGCAGGAGGAGAGAAACUGUUCUGGCUUCGUUCCUCGCGUUCCUUCACACAAACCGCCUGGCAGUUUACCCCGUGUACCAGUUGCCUGCGCUUCCACGCAGCAGGAUGAGUGGAUGGAUGGUGAUGCUUUGAAACCGAUCAUUAUCGAUGGGAGUAAUGUUGCCAUGAGUCAUGGCAACAAGGAAGUGUUCUCCUGUCUGGGAAUCCAGCUGGCUGUGAACUUCUUUCUGGACAGAGGUCACACUGAUAUCACCGUGUUUGUGCCCUUGUGGAGAAGAGAGCAGCCCAGACCCGACGUACCCAUCACUGAUCAGCAUAUUUUGCGGGAGCUGGAGAAGAGAAAGAUCCUGGUGUUCACGCCGUCACGGCGCGUAGCGGGCAAACGCGUUGUGUGCUACGAUGAUCGCUUCAUUGUCAAGCUGGCAUACGAGUCUGAUGGCAUCAUCGUCUCCAACGACACAUACCGUGACCUGCAGGGUGAGAAACCAGAGUGGAAGCUCUUCAUCGAGGGCAGACUCCUCAUGUACUCGUUCGUUAAUGACAGGUUCAUGGUUCCGGAUGACCCUUUGGGACGGCGUGGUCCAACACUAGAGAACUUCCUACGGAAAACCCCACGAGUUAUCAAGCGACAUCCAUGUCCUUAUGGUAAGAAAUGUACAUUUGGAAUCAAAUGUAAGUUCAGUCACCCAGAUAGGCCAAAGCAGUCUAACCGCGCCCUGGCAGACGAGCUACGUGAGAAGGCCAAGCAGCCCGCCUCGUCGGCAACUCCUCACAAACACUCCUCUCCAGCGAGUGUCAGAGCCGGCCACAGCUCGCCUUUGGAGGAGAUCCUGGAGAAUAAACUGCACCUGGACCCGCCAGGGGCACCAGCCCCUCAGUGGAGAGCCCAGGCCAGCGAGAACAUGCUGGUGUUGGUGGGACCUCAGCAGAAAACAGAAAAAAGCAGAAAACAGUGUCAGAAAAAAGACCGCCACAGCCACAUUCACCCCAACUACAGUCUUUCAUCAGCCGGUAUGGACUCUUUCGCCAGCGGUUCCCAUGAGUAUCUGGACUCAGGUCUGGGCUCCUACGAGGGCCACCCUGAGCGCCACAACCCUGGAGAUCCCAUGAAGCCCAGGUCCCUUCAGAACAGGGGGCAGUACUACCCACCUCCCCCCUGCAACAGCAGUCAGUCCUGCCCCUGUUUCCCCCACCUACCUCCCCCCAUGCCUCCUGCCCCCACCCAGCCCCAGGCUAACCUGCGGUACCCCAACCACGUCCCAGGCUCGGUUGGCUCUCACGGCUUGGACAUGUCCUAUUUCCCACAGCCUUGCUACCCUCCGUAUACUAACCAGCAGCACACUGCCAGCCUGCCACAACACAACAUGGCUACCUAUGGUUCUCAGCAGCCCGGGCACUCUUUUGUGCACCAUCAUGGCCAGUGGUCUGCCCCGUACCCCCAGGGGUACACCCAAUCCGUUCACAGGGAGCCAACUCAGCACCAUCCCUGGGGGAGCCCCAUAGCCCCCCCAAUACGCUCUAACCCCCCCGGAUCGGGAACCCGAGAGGAAGUGCGUAAGAAGCUGAUGGCCAUCUUUAAUGGUCAUUUAGUGGACCGUGCUAUGGACAUGUUCCCUCAACUGCUUGACCCCCAGAGAUUGGCAGCAGAGAUCCUGACUCUACAAUCUCAGGAAGGGAUCUUGUGAGUAGGGGAUGACGUUGCCAUCCUUAUGGUCAAGAGUGACUUUCUCUGGAAGUAGUUUUUCACGUGCAAGGAAGGCGGACAUGUGGCAACGAUGCCCUAACUGUGGUCAGGCCAGGGUCAGAAAUUACUUUUGGAGGAUUUGUCUUCAGUUAACAGGUUUAGUUGUGCCUGUGCAAAUGAUGGAAGGGAGGAUAAGUGAAGUCAGAUAACAUUAUGCAACACUUUGCCACUUUUAAAGGUACAUUUUCAUAGGAAACUAAUUUUGGAGUAAUCUUCAACUCAAUUUGGAAUGGUAAUGGUUUCAGAUUGUCAUUUUUAUUCUAAUCCAUGAUACAUUCAAAGAGCUUUCGUGAGACAAAAAUUAUUCUCUUUUUAAUCAUGAAGAGGUCUCAAGAAAUAUUCCAGCAUGGUGAUUAACUAUUUCUUGUUUCCACAUGCAAAAGACUUUAGACUUCACAAGAUGUACCCGUCAUUUACUGACUGGUCUAAUAGUAGAACCAUUGCUUCUGAAAAACACAUGCAGAUAAAGCAACGACCUGUUGACACAAAUUGUGUCAUUAAACUUAAGGGGUUUGGUAUUCGGUCCUUGUUUUGGUUGAACACAUUCACACAUUUUGCAGUAAGGUCUGCAUUCAAUGUGAUCAGAAUUUCUCAGCCUCAGCUUGCCUUUAAAGGGAAACUUGGCAGGAUUUCCCCCUCUGCUGGAGAAAUUGUGCAUUAUGCUAUUUUAAACUGUGGGAAAAGGUAACGAUAAAGCACAUGGAUUUGUUUACAAGCUAGCGAAAGGCUAGCAUACGUUUGGCAUAACUAUGUGGAUGUUACAAGGUAAGAAACACGAUUUAAAACGAGUUUAUUGUUCCUCACUUCUCUUUCCGGGACGGUAGUCUCAAUGU